AUGAUUUUUUUUGACUUUGAUUGUGAAACAACAGAUUUUUUCAAUACACUUGUACAAGUAGCAAAGCUUGGAUAUCUAUCUGUCUUGAAAUGGAUUCACUCCAACUAUCCAAAACUAAAGACCUCUGAGAGUUUAAUAGAUCAUGCUGUUUGUUCUGGUAACUUGGAACUUGUAGAAUGGAUUAAUGAGAAUCGAAGUGAACCUUGCUCAUCGUUGGCAAUGGACAAUGCAGCACUUUACAAUCAUCUAAAGCUAUUGAAAUGGUUACAUUUCAAUCGAAGUGAAGGAUGUUCUGUUGAUGCUAUGAAUUUCGCUUCUCGACAUAACCUACAAAUGGUGAAAUGGCUGCAUUUCAAUAGGAGUGAAGGAUGUACUCUUGACGCUCUCCGUUCAGCAAUCAUUUUUAAUCGAAGCGAUAUAGUAAAGUUUCUCAUUGAGAAUCGUAGUGAAUGCUACAAUGAAGAAGCGGCCAAAGAGAUCAAACUAGCUAUUUCUCAUAGUGAUUACGAUAUCAUUCAAUACUUUUACCAAAAGUUUAAAUAUAGUAAUUCAGAUUUCACAUAUCACCGAGAGUUGGAUGGUACAACCUGUGAUCAAAAUUCAAUCUUCAAUAUGGAUAUAUCUGAACUAUCAUUUUGUGAUGAUGAUGAAUAUUAA